UUUAACGGUACAUUGCAAGCAGAAUGUUUGAAAUAUAUUCUGGUCCAUAACAAAUAUUUGCUUGUAGAUUUAUCUGAGCCGCAACUGCCUAUUUAGGAAAAGUAAACAAAUCAAAAAUAAUAACAUUAUCAAUUUCAAAUUCAAAUUCAAAAUUUAAAAAUCAAAUUAAAGGGUCAAAUCCAUCAUCAAAUUCAUCUCUUUUACUUUUAUAGAAUAGAUAUAACUGUUUGCUGUAUAAUAAGUGUAUCUGUGAUCCAUUAACUAUAUCUCAUAAUGACUUUGUUUCAAAACUUUAAUGCUCAUUCAUUGAGAUCAACGAGAGGAUUCAAGUUGAAGCAAUCAUCUCCAAUAUCUAGUCCCCAACCAGUUUCUAAUUCAGCCUUUCUUCCAUCAACCCCAUAUCAACAACAGGAUUUCAACAAACCAUAUCAGACAGUUAACUUAAACAACAGUAAUGCUCCUGGUCAAUCUGUGUCGACUCAUAAAGAUAUAAGAGAUUAUGCUGAGCAAACUUUAGGUUCUGAUAACGCUUUAAUACAGGCGGUAAAGCUUCCUCAAGAUGAAGAUAUAAAUGAAUGGUUGGCUAUUCAUGUUGUGGAUUUCUAUAAUCAAAUAAAUAUGUUAUAUGGUGCCAUAACGGAAUUCUGUUCCCCUCUUACAUGUCCUAAAAUGAUGGCAACUGAUGAAUAUGAAUAUUUAUGGCAAGAAACUUCAGCUCUUGGUAAUGGUUCAAAUUCUAUGCCACCAAAGAAACCAGUUUCCCUUCCAGCUUGUGAUUAUAUUGAAAAUUUAAUGAAUUGGGUUCAAUCAUUCCUUGAUAAUGAUAAUAUUUUCCCUUCCAAAAUCGGUGCUCCAUUCCCACAACAAUUCCCUCAUUUAGUUAAAACAAUCUUUAAAAGAUUGUUUAGAAUCUAUGCUCAUAUAUAUUGUCACCAUUUCCAUGAAGUAACUGAAUUGGGUUUACAAAGUCACUUAAAUACAAGUUUAAAGCACUAUGUUUUGUUUGCCAAUGAAUUCCAAUUGAUUAGUCAAAAAGAUUAUGGUCCUCUAGAAGAUUUGGUUGAAACUAUGUUAAAGAAAUGAUUUAUUAGGUAUGCAUUUAAAUAGGUAUUAUAUGUGAUUUAUUUUAAUUCUAGUCUAUGUAAGCUAUAGUAAAGCUACUUCUGCCAUCAAACAGAGAUGAUCAGAAGGAAAUUGAUUUAACCUAGGUUGACCUGAGGGUUCUGGUCCCAU